CCAUUUCCAAUCUCAACCGUCAAAAAAUCCCUCCGCGGUGCGCAGGCAAGAAGAACUGGUGGUUAUCGUUUCAAAGAAAACUUAACCAAGCCAAAUGAACAACUUAGAAACACUGAAGUCCCAAGGACUUCAUAGUGAAGAUGCCCUUGGGACAAUUGGGCCUUUCAAAAUCUUUUUGGGUAGUUUGGAGGCCCUUUUAGGCCCAUUUGAACUUCCAGAUGAGGUAAUGGAUGCCUUAUUUUACAUCAUGAGCAGGAGCCAUCCUGGGACAGAGGCGAUUAAUAGUCAGGCUAUGCGCCUGAUUUUGGAGGGCAGCUCCAGGGCCAGGAGUACUUAUUUCUUAAAAAAAAACAUUCUUAAAGGAGCCAGUGCCAUCUUCGGGCCCUACUUGCUGGGAGAGUGCCACUGGACCCUCUUUCAUUGCAACUUGAAAGAGGGAACGAUAACCUACAUUGACUCCUUGGGGGAGCAACCACAGCAUUGCUUCCAAAUAAUGGAAAAUUGGAGCUUAUUUGCUGCUAGCAGAGGCUUCCAAGGGCCCUGGAAGAUGACGAAGAGGGACCAUGACUUACAAAAUGACUCUUUGUCAUGUGGGGUGUUCUCACUAAUGUUUGCAGAAAUGAUCCUCCAGGGACAACAAGGGCACCUCCAAUGCCUCCCUAUCGCUCAAGAGCGGGAGAGACUUGGGACUUUGUUGUUCAACUCCCUUGAUACGAAGACUCUAAGAAGAAAAAAGGGAAAAAUCACCAAAUCUAAAAAUACAGUAGAUGGUGGCCUUGCACAGGAAUCUGAGUCCACAGAGGGUGAACAAGAUCAACCUGUUGGAGAGCACCCAUGUGCAGUAGAUGGUGGCCUUGCACAGGAAUCUGAGUCCACAGAGGGUGAACAAGUAGAUGGUGGCCUUGCACAGGCAUCUGAGUCCACAGAGGGUGAACAAGUAUUAUUCGAAGUGGAGAGUGUUCUCCGGUUACCUGACGGGACCAAGGCCAAAAGAUAUAAAGUGACUAGGGAGGAACUGGUUAGAAGGUGUGGGCCACCAGAGGGCUAUUCGCCCAAUGCUCUGGUGGCCUACUUAAGGAAAGGCAAGAGCCAAAAAGAGGCGCUCAUGGCCAAGUUGCACGACUCACAGGUGGAGCCAGGACCACGAAUCAGGCUGUCAACAAGUGUCAGCAAGUUGUGUGAAGAAGAAUGUCUGGCCCUUGCAGAGGAUGUAAAUUACAUGGGUUUUAAAUACCUACCAAUUCAAAAAAUUGGCCAGGCUUGCCUGGAGGAGGACCAACAUCUUGAGGCCAUCGUCAAGGCCCAACACUGCAGGCAGACACUAACAAGGAUAAAGACCGCGAUGGAGGCCAACUGGUCCUAUUACAACCUCGCUACGCAUGGCCUUGGGCCAGAAAUGUUGAAGGGUGCGUUUUCUUUAAUUGAUGCGUGCCUGGUCGAGGCAGAGAACCUCCACUGCCUCCAGAAGUAAAUAAAGCAUGUCAAUUUUAAAGUGGUAUCAGCAUUUAUGGGUAGCCUUGACAAAGUAAUAGUCUUUAUGGUUUACUGAGUAAACCACUUUGCACAAUAUAGAUGUGAUUUAACCCUUGUGUUGACUUAGGGUGAAAUUGACUCGUUUUAAUUU